AUGGAGGCUAACUACGGUCACCAGGGUAAUGCUGGCCAACUACGGUCACCAGGGUCAUGGAGACUAACUACGGUCACCAGGGUCGUGGAGACUAGCUGCGUCUCACCAGGGUCGUGGAGGCUAACUGCGUUCACCAGGGUCAUGGAGGCUAACUACGCCAUCAUCAUAACUACCACGCCCACCUCAACAGCCAUCAUCAUAACUACCACGCCCACCACAACAGCCAUCAUCAUAACUACCACGCCCACCACAACAGCCAUCAUCAUAACUACCACGCCCACCACAACAACCAUCAUCAUAACUACCACGCCCACCACAACAACCAUCAUCAUAACUACCACGCCCAACACAACAACCAUCAUUAUAACUACCAAGCCCAUCACAACAACCAUCAUCAUGACUACCACGCCCACCCCAACAACCAUCAUCAUAACUACCACGCCCACCACAACAACCAUCAUCAUAACUACCACGCCCACCACAACAACCAUCAUCAUAACUACCACGCCCACCACAACAACCAUCAUCAUAACUACCACGCCCAUCUCAACAACCAUCAUCAUAACUACCACGCCCACCACAACAACCAUCAUUAUAACAACCACGCCCACCACAACAACCAUCAUCAUAACUACCACGCCCACCACAAAAACCAUCAACAUAACUAUUGUGGCUACGAUAAUGACAGCGUAG